GUGUUGGUGAUUGGCGAUCAUAUUUUAUAAUUCUCUUCCGUCAACUAGAUCGGGCUGUCUGCGUGGCUAUUGCCUAUUGGAUAGGAAAGUAAAACCCAAAAUCCUUUAUAAAAAGCAACCCUCCUUUGGGGUUUAUUCCAUCCAACCCAACUAAGCCAGAGAGCUAACCAUGGCUUCUCUGUCACCUCCACUAGCCGUUCCCACUACCUCCACAAAACCUCUCUCUCCCUUCACUCAAAACAGCUCCCAAGUUUCCCUACUCUCAAAGCCCAAGCGUUCCUUUUCACCUAGGGUUUCAUGCAAAGCCAAAAACAGUGAUAACCAAAAUGAUCAAGCACAGACUAAACUAGAUAGGAGAAAUGUGCUUCUUGGUCUCGGAGGUCUAUAUGGCGUGGCUGGUCUGGGCACAGACCCGUUCGCCUUUGCCAAGCCCGUGACCCCACCAGACCUAUCUAAAUGUGGGGCUGCGGACUUGCCAACCGGCGCCACCCCCACCAACUGCUGCCCACCGCCGGCCACCAAAAUCAUAGACUUUAAACUCCCAGCCCCCGGUAAACUUCGCGUCAGGCCGGCUGCUCACGCCGUUGACCAAGCCUACAUAGAGAAAUACUCCAAAGCCAUCGAGCUCAUGAAAGCCCUCCCCGAUGACGAUCCACGCAGCUUCAAGCAACAAGCCAACGUGCAUUGCGCUUAUUGCGACGGCGCCUACGACCAAGCCGGGUUCCCGGAUCUGGAGCUCCAAAUCCACAACUCCUGGCUCUUCUUCCCCUUCCACCGCUACUACCUAUACUUCUACGAAAAGAUCUUGGGCAAGCUCAUCAACGACCCCACAUUCGCUUUGCCCUUUUGGAACUGGGACUCGCCAGCUGGCAUGCAGCUGCCCGCGCUUUUCGCCAACCCAAAGUCCCCUCUCUACGACAAGUUCCGUGCCGCCAGCCACCAGCCGCCGACCCUCAUCGAUCUCGACUACAACGGCACCGACGAAAAGGUGUCGAACGAAACCCAAAUCAACGCCAACCUCAAGAUCAUGUACAGGCAAAUGGUGUCCAACGCCAAGAACCCUCAGCUCUUCUUUGGCAACCCAUACAGGGCUGGGGACGAGCCUGACCCUGGUGGCGGUUCGAUCGAAGGGACCCCGCACGGGCCGGUUCAUCUCUGGACAGGUGACAACACCCAGCCCAAUUUUGAGGACAUGGGGAACUUUUAUUCCGCUGCCAGGGACCCCAUAUUUUUCUCGCAUCACUCGAAUGUGGAUCGGAUGUGGAGCAUAUGGAAAACACUGGGAGGCAAAAGAACUGAUAUUUCUCAAUCGGACUGGUUAGACUCCGGGUUCUUGUUUUACAACGAGAACGCUGAGUUAGUCCGAGUUAAAGUUCGUGACUCUCUGGAGUCUAAGAGCCUAGGGUAUGUAUACCAAGAGGUUGAAAUUCCAUGGCUGCAGUCCAAGCCAACUCCGCGAAGGGCAAAGCUGGCAUUGAGCAAAAUAAAGAAGAAGCUGGGAGUUGCGCACGCGGCUGAGAGCUCCACCCAGAUCGUGGCGGGGAGGGCGUUCCCGAUAAAUCUGGAGACCAAGAUAAGCACGGUGGUGCCAAGGCCAAAGCAGAAGAAGAGGAACAAGAAGGAGAAAGAGGAGGAGGAGGAGAUAUUGGUGAUCGAAGGGAUUGAGUUUGACAGGGACGUGGCGGUGAAGUUUGACGUGUAUGUGAAUGACGUGGACGACUUGCCGAGUGGGCCCGACAAGACGGAAUUUGCCGGAAGCUUUGUGAGCGUGCCGCACAGGCAUAAGCACAAGAAGAAGAUCAACACAAUCUUGAGGUUGGGGUUGACGGACUUGUUGGAGGACCUUGAUGCCGAGGAUGAUGAGAGCGUGGUGGUGACUUUGGUGCCCAAGUACGGGGCUGUCAAGAUUGGCGGUGUCAAGAUUGAAUUUGCUUCUUAGAUUAAUUGAAGCGCAAACCAAAUUUCCAUUCAUCAUCAAACAUGUUUUAGUCCUUUAAUUUGGUGGUUUUUUUUUCCUUCUUCUUGUUUUUGAAUGAUCGAAUGGGCGUGUACAAAUAAACUUGAUGAUGAAGUGGCACUUUCUUUGCAAUGAAUUAUGAAUUCGAAAUCAUUUUGUU